CAAGCGGUAAUUCUAAAACGUGUUUUGUUAGGCGGAGAUUCGAAAACAACUUGGAUUUAAACUUAACUUUAUAUGUACUGACCAAAAGGAUUCAUGAAUGAGUAUAGGAUUCUAGCUAUAAGAGGAGCAAGAUUGUUUGAACCACGCGUUUUAGCGCUGUUGUAUCCUGUGGGCGGCUCAUGAAAAUUGAAUGCACUGUAGCGCUUAAUCGAAAUUCACACUUGCGACUGCUUUUCAGCAAUAUAAAAGGAGGUAGCAGCUCUACCACAUUCAGUUAGAAGACGACCGUCAAAGGAGCACUUCUACUACAUCACGAAGGAAGAAAUCCAUACAAAAAGGGCUACUGUGACUAUGCAUAACGGGUGUCUACUGCUUCUUGCCUUUGUCGCGGUAUUUCAGCCGAUUGCUUCGUACACUGAGCGCGGCCUCGUUAAUGGAAGGCAGGAACGCUGUGACUAUCGGACAUCGGUGCGGGACUCGGAACUCAACUUUCAUGAAACUUACCGCUUUAACAAACCUGCCGUGGAAGAUCGCCGCCUAAACCAGAGGGCCGAUAUUCGUAAGCUCCGCCGUAAUGAAGUGAAGGAAGAUACUCUUCGCAUCGCUUUAUCUUCAGACAGGCGGCUUGCUGAUACCGUGGAAAGAGAGAGGAUUACGUUGACAAGGCUUUCUAACGAUCGCAUCGGCAACGACGCCGUCCUCCACCGCGAAAUUCGCAAAACACGCCCCGUUUCCAGUCACCGCGACGAACGGAAGCAAGAAAUCCAACGUGAGCGCAUAUCAACAGCACAGCAAUCCCAUCAAGCUCGCUUCUCUGACCGCCGAGAAAACAGCAGAUUGUCUGAAAACCGUUCUCAAAGCAUCGAUAACAAGCGCUUCAAUGAAAGAGUUUCAGUGGAAUCUAGACGAGAUACCGGAGAAAAUGGAAUUAAUGCAGACACGCAACGAAUUCGAGAACAUCGGGAAGUACGUUUUAACCGAGCGAGAGAUAAUGGAGCAAGGACUUUGAAUGAACGUCGUGUUACGAGAGAGGCUGCUCAAGAGAUGGACACGCGGCGUUCUGUGUACAGAAUUCAACAUGACCGUAAUGCGGAACGAGAAAUUCUUAACCGACGUUCCAGCGGGGAAAUAAGAAGCUCGUCAACCACAGGUGAUAGGGUAAAUCGAGCGAGUGCCAAUGAGGGCUCGCAUUUGACUACACAAGAUACUACGUCCCUUGGCCGAAAUGAUCGUCAGACUAGCAGUACUCAGCGAUUCGUUGUCGAACAAAGGCAAAGUGAUUCUCGAAUCCAACUAACAUUUGAACGAAGACAUAUCCUAAAUUCUGCCAACCGCAGAGUUCUAGAUGAUCGUAUUUCUGAAAAUCGCAGAAACGCUCAACGAGCCCAAUCUGUUGACACCCGAAGAGAAAUCCGAGAUACCGAAAACGAAGCUAGACUGGCGAGAGCAGUACGAUCAGUAGAUGAUCACCGAUUCCAAAAGGAUCUUAGUGGGUCCAGGAUAUUUAAGCGUGAAAUUACUGCAGAAAACCGAAGGAAUGCUCGAAGCAUGGCAGCAUCACUAGAACGAAGCGCAGAAUAUAGAAAGGACUCCAGAAGGGAGUUUUCAAAGCAAGUUUUAGAAAACCGAAAUGACAACCAUAAUAUUGAAACAGAAGCUCGACAAAGUAUAAAUAAUAUUCGUGCAGCGGAAACACGGAAGGCCAUCCAAAAUGCCGAAAAGGAUUUCCGUGCAAUUGAGUUAAAUGCCAAACGCACUGUAGAAACCUGUGUUUACGACCGAGAACCGUCGAGUGAACACCGAAUGGCUCGAAUGAUGACAAGGGAGCGAUCACAGGAAAAUCGAUGGCUUACUCGCGAUGUUCGACCCCAAACUAUCAGAACUGAACGCAUUGACGAAGAACGACAAGAAACUCGUAACAUUGGAAUCCGCGCUUUUAGAACUGAGCGAUCUGACGAAAGCGGGCGGGACGCUCGAAAUAUUGAGGUCAGAGCAUUUGGAAAUGAGCGCGCUGUUAGAAGGCAGCGAGAUUCUCGCUCUUUUGGAACACGAUCAUCCAGAAUUGAACGCUCUAAAUUUAGGAGUGAGCGCACUGACGAAAGUCGACGUGAUGAUCGCACUAUUGAAGUCCCAUCUUUACGAAGAGAACGCGCUGAAGAAAGUCGGAGAGAAGCGCGCAGCAUUGGAGUCCGAUCAUUCAAGACUGAAAGGUCUGAGCAAAGCCGACGAGAUGCUCGAAAUGUUAAUUCUCAACUAUUCAGAGACGAACGAACUGACGAAAACCUUCGACAUGCUAGCAAUUUUGAACUGCAGCGAGCAUUCAGGACAGAACGCACUGACGGAAGCCGACGUGAUGCGCGCAUUGUUGGAGCACGAUCAUUCAGGUCUGAGCGCACGGAUGAAAGCCGGCGAAAUGCUCAUGAGGUUGGAAUACGAGCAUUCAGAUCUGAACACGCUGAUGAAGCAGAUGCUCGAAGUAAUAGAGUCCUUGCAUUUAAAACUGAACGAAGUGAUAAAAGUCAUAAAUAUGGUCAAAAUAUUGAAGAUGUUCGAGCUAUUGAAAGCGGUACUUAUCGGCGAUACACUCAAGGCAUUGAAAGGCAAUCUCGUUCACUGGACCGUGUCCCUAAUUCCCGUCGGGAAAGUCAAAGUAAUAACAGGGAUGCUCGCAUCCAAGAAAGAACAUUUGGAAGCCGCCGCACGGUUCGAAAUAUUGUAUCUCGAGCUGAAGAUGAACGAGCUAAUAACCGAAGAGCUACUCGUAGCCUAGAAAGAGAUAUUCGAUCAAUGAGACGUGAGAGGUCUUUGCAAAGCCGUUUGAACCGAGAUUCCAAAACGAUCACGUUGGAUCGCCGAUCAGAAGAAACGAUGCGUGGAUCUGAUGGCGUGAUUGAACGUCUCGACAAACGUGACUCGCUUGAUAGCCGGCGCAGUUUCACCUUUCAGCGAGAUACACGGAGGGACACUCAAAGGAACCAUGAUAGGGACAACUUUGGAAGACGACACAUGGAAGCUAAAUCGCGAAAUAGCUUCGACACAGACUUUGCCAAAAAGCGAGAAUUCCAAGGCAUGUUCAGGAACCCCGCCCAAACCGAGAAUGGGACAACCACGAUGAACUGGCAGUACAUCUUCUACACACUGCAAGGACUUUACAUUUGCGGGCUGCUGAUUCAAUUUAACAAAGGGAGCGUCGAAAAGAAAACCAGGGUAUCUUGGUGGCCGACGCCUCAGCGUCUCAUCAAAGUGGAUUGAAUAACACGUCAAGAAUAUAAUAUUUAAGUAGUAGUAGAGGAUACUAUGGCUAAAUGUACGUAGUUCUGUAGUUCUUAGAGACAAGAUAGUUGUGAAUUGAUGUAUGCAAACAUAUUAUGUAGAGAAAAUAUAAUAUAUUGUCCGUUAUUAAAUAA